AUGCAAGAAAUCAAAGACUACAUCCUCACAUACAGAGGAGAAGUCGUCGAAAACCGCCACCAAGUCCACGCCGCAGUCACCGAUGCCACCGGCAAGCUCUUAUACGCCGUGGGCGAUCCCACACGCAUAACCUUAGCCCGAUCAGCCGCCAAACCAGCGCAAGCGCUUGCGGUCCUCGAGACCGGCGGGUUUGAGCAAUGCGGCUUCACCGACGCAGACCUGGCGUUGAUAUGUGCCUCGCAUAAUAGCGAAGAGAAACACAUCUCUAGGGCCCGUGCAAUGCUAGCCAAGGUCCCUGUCACCGAGACUAAUCUGUGUUGUGGCGGACACGCUGCGCUGUCGGAGACGGUCAAUAGGGAUUGGAUCAAGCGGGAUUUUACACCUACAGGCGUCUGUAACAACUGCUCAGGAAAGCAUGCGGGUAUGCUGGCUGGCGCCAAGGCGAUUGGUGCUGAUUUGGAGGGUUAUCAUCUUCCGACUCAUCCGAUGCAGGUGCGGGUGAAGCGUGUCGUGGAGGAACUGUGUGGGUUGUAUGAGGAUGAUGUGAAAUGGAGUGUUGAUGGAUGUAACCUCCCUGCGCCUGCCUUUCCUCUGCAACAUAUGGCCAAGAUAUAUGCUACGAUUGCGGCAGCGGCAGACGAGACCGCGCGAAACCAUCAUGCUUCCAAGAGAACAAAAGCUUUGGGGCGGAUCUUCCGGGCGAUGGCAGAUCAUCCAGACCUGGUCGGCGGAGAAGGUCGAUUCUGCACUGUGCUUAUGGAAGCAUUUCAAGGUGGCCUCAUCGGCAAGCUCGGAGCAGAUGGUUGUUAUGGUAUAGGGGUAUGCGCUUCAGAACGAACUGAUCAGCUCGGGGCGGACGGUGCGAUUGGAAUCGCAGUCAAGAUUGAAGACGGUAAUAUUGGAAUCCUCUACUCAGCUGUGGCUGAAAUACUCGAGCAGCUUCACAUAGGGAUGGUUGAAGCGCGUCAUAAGCUUGCAAGCUUUCACGGUCCCCAGAUGUUCAACACUGCUGGUGCGGUCACGGGCAGAACAUCCAUUUCAUUCAGGGUUAGGGCCAUGUGA